CGUAGCCGGACUCGACGGAGAGCAGAGAAAAGGGCAAAGAAGAAGCUGCGAUCAAUUGAGCCUGUUGGCGCCAAUCCGACUGACAGAGAAAUCAAACAGCUCGCUUUCCAUUAAUCAAACUUGCGCCCUCGCCGCCGCUCCUCCCUCGGCCGUCGCUCGGUAGCCAGCUAGCCUCGUUAGCACGCUAUCUAUCAUUGUCAUAUUAAUCUGGCCCCUUCUCUCUGCCCGUAGUCACGAUAUAAUAACUGAGCAGCGGCGGCGGCGGCGGCAGCAGCGGCGGCGCACCGGGACAAUAGAGGUGUGUUUCUCCGGGGGGAUCGAUACGACACGGCUGCAAAAUGGGGAGGAAGUCCAACAGAGCAAAAGAGAAGAAAGCCCGGCGUCUGGAGGAGAGGGCAGCUAUGGACGCUGUGUGUGCCAAGGUGGACGCAGCCAAUAAGCUUGAUGACCCACUGGCUGCCUUCCCAGCCUUCAAAAAGUACGACAGAAACGGGCUGAACCUGCAGAUAGAGUGUAAGAGAGUGACCUCCCUCAACCCGCUGUCUGUGGAGUGGGCCUUCGAACUCACCAGAGCCAACAUGCAGACACUGUACGAGCAGAGCGAGUGGGGCUGGAAGGAGAGGGAAAAGAGGGAGGAGAUGAACGACGAGAGGGCGUGGUACCUGCUGGCCCGCGACUCCGACUCCGCCCCCGUGGCCUUCUCGCACUUCCGGUUCGACGUGGAGUGCGGCGAGGAGGUUUUAUAUUGCUACGAGGUGCAGCUAGAGAGCAAAGUGCGGAGGAAAGGGCUCGGCAAGUUUCUCAUCCAGAUACUACAGCUCAUCGCUAACAGUACACAGAUGAAGAAAGUGAUGUUGACAGUUUUCAAACACAACCACGGGGCGUACCAGUUCUUCAGAGAAGCUUUACAGUUCGAGAUCGACGAGACCUCACCGAGCAUGUCCGGUUGCUGCGGCGACGACUGCUCCUACGAGAUCCUGAGCAGGCGGACCAAACACGGCGAGGCCUCGGCGGGACACACCCACGGCGGCGGCCACUGCGGCGGCUGCUGCCACUGACGGGCUCCUGGGUUUGCGACAUUUGGUUUUAAAUGAAAAAACAAAACAAAACAAAACAAAACAAAAAAAAAAGCCAGCAACUUUUCAUGGCUGUGUGUGAAAGCUUGAGCUGCCUGCUAGUCCGCAAGAAUUGGAAACGGCCGUAGAGCGCCGCCAAAAACCGACGGCGGAACACGUGGAUGUUGAUGUCGCAUUAUGGAUUGAGAUUCGUGUGUUUUUGGUUUCUUUUUUUUUUUCUUUUUUUUUUUGUGUAUUCCUGCUACAAAAGCAGUAUGCAGUGUGAGCUUUCACACAUAGUUGUGGUUUUUUUUUGUUUCCUCUUUUCCAACUUCUUGGUUCAGUAUCCAUCUUUUCUCAUCUGUUCUCUUCUCCCUGUUAUGACUAUUAGUAGAUCCCAGUCAAGAAAAAGCAAAAGCAUCGCUGUCGUUCUCUACCACUGCGACCAUCCUGCUCUCAUCUCCCAACGUGCUGUACUGUAUUGAAUCAUCCUGCUUCUUAACACCGUAGUUCGGGGCUGUGUUAGAGGAACUUAAAGAUGGGGAUUAUUCUGUGUAAAUCAAACUGUCGACGACACCGAACGGAUGAGUUUCUGUGUCGUUUCUUGGACCUCGCAGCUUGUUUCAAGAUGACACCGAGUGUAGUUUAAAGCCGCAUGAGAAGCCCUGUUGCACUGCAGCUAACCCACAACGAUAUUCCACGAUGACGGUACACGAUCAUCUCUUCUGUUCAGGUGAAAUGAAUAGACGUCUCCCUUGCUUUUAGUUUUUAUAAGAUGUCCGAGGUUGCCUUUAUUUUUCCUUGAAGUCUCUUUUCUCCUCAUAAAAUAAGACAAAAUCUCAUCAUCAGUUGCUGUAAAUCUGCAUCCAGCCCUUAUCCAAGCUGCAUGCUCGUUUCCUCCUUUUCAUCCGCCAUCUUUUUUUUGUUCUUUCUUUCAUACUUUAAGAUUUACCUGCUGAAACCGUUUUCCCCCUCCUGUGAAACUGCACCCACCCUUCCUGUUCUUUGUGCCUGAAGGCGCCGGAUGAAGACAGCAGACCUCCUUUUUAAUUUUUUUUUCUUGCUGCUGCUGCUCUCGUUUUCAGUUUUAGUGAAGUUGCAUUACUCCCGCUCGCCUCUUUUAGUUUCCAAGAGGUACUGAUGAUUACAAAAAACGAGUCGAUGUUGACGCUACCAUCCUCCGUCCCGUCUCUAUUUCCCUAGCAUGAGCAAAUCAUAUUGAUUUAACGUGGAGGAGGGUCGGUAGAAGCCGUUUGUAUCCCCGCUUGGAGCUGAUGAAUGAGACGGAUGCAUGAGUGGAAGUGGAGGGAAGUUGUCCUCGGUUUGUUUUUCGCGGCUUGCAUGAGUUUAAAAGUGUUUUAACGGAAACGAUAGUCUUAAUCAGGAUUGCACACUGUGUGAACCAGCAUCUGAAAUCCUCACGUGGGGGGGGCUGACGAAGUACAAGAACGAAGGGAGAGAUGCAUGAAGUUAACGCUAAAGCUGCUCAUCCGCUUAUAAUUAGUCCAGAAUAUUCUAAGAUGUUUGAGGAGGGUUUUAGAUAUUUAACCCUCACAGGCUGCCACUUCAACCACAGUGAUUCCACAUCUGUUUACAAAACCCUCUUGGUGGGUGUCUUUUUGUCUGGUUGCCCUCUCUAGAAAGCCCCAUAACACUUCCAGGACUGUACUCGGCUCGUUUGGAGGAGUGAGAUUUCUUUAUCUAACGUGACUGCGAAGGGCUUUAAGCUGGUACGUUUUGCCUCGUCUUUGAAUUGGUCAUAUCAAGAUCUCUUACAGAUAAACGCCUGGUUGAAGUAUGUGAAGCAGGAGAUUGAAAUGUGAAGUAGGCGAGACUUUUCCGACUUGAAAUCAUCGAUUACACAAAUUUAUCAAGUUAAAAACGACAGAAAAAGUCCAGAUCCUUGGGGGGAAAGUUUCACGUUGUUUCCGGAUUGAGACAAAAAAUAUCCAGCACCUGGAGACACUUUCUUGUUUCCUGAUCAUAAACAACAGAAAAUGGUUUAACAUGUUGCUUGUUUUAGGACUAGGCUUCCUUCUUAUUAGCACAGUACUUCAUUCAUUUUGUUUUUUCUACUGCAUAGGUUCCAAUAAAAAGAGGAUGUUGUACAUAGUGGUAGUAGAUCAAUCGACUGACAGUCUCUCUCUCAGGUUAAUCAAACGUAAUCAAACCUCAUCUGUUUCACUUAACAGCCAUGUUCGUCGGUUUGCUGGUGGCUGGAUUGGAUCGGACGCACAGCUCUGAUCUGGAGUCAGUUUUUGUUUGAACUUUAAUUUUUACUUCUCAAACACAACCACAAAAGUAACAAUUAUCUUCUUAUUUUUUUCUUCGUUAUGUUGCAGUGAAAGAGAAUCUGUCCUAAACUCCUUGAAAAUGUGAAUUUGCAUGACGGUAAAUACGCUACAAAGCUGAUUCUAGAUCUGUGCUCGGCGGUUUCAUUCAAUCCAAGCAGGUGGGCUGUUUAGAAAAAAGAAAAAAAAAAAAAAGGCUCACUGGAAGUAAAAAUGAUUUUGUGACAAUACCAUGAGUUGGAGCCUGAACUUACCCAGUUUCUUUUAAAGUCAGUGAUUACUUUUUAUUUUAGGAAAUGGUUACGUACCCUCACAAAGUUCCAGAUACUUCUCUUGGUCUUUUCUCUAUGUGUAUAUAUAUAAAUAUAUAUAAGCUGUUGUGAAUCCAUCUUCAUUUCUUGGCCUUUUACAGGUGAAACACUUUUUUAAACAUGAUGUUGAAUAAUAAAUAAAAUCACAAAAAAAAACAAACCCCAACCCUCCAUGUUUGAGAGUGAGUGUUAAAGUCCUGUCCAUAAAUGACAAUGAAAGGGAAAACUAAGUCAUUCUGCCUUGUCAGUGUUUUAUUUGUAUGUUACAAAUAAAGGAAAGUUGUUUGACUUUUCAAGAGA